AUGGACGGCGGCGGCCCCGGGCCCGCGGCCCCCGAGCUGCUGCGCUGCGGCCGGCGGCGGCGUCCGGGCGCGCCCGACUCCGCGAGCGGCCCCGCGGCCGUGGCGCGCCGCAACGAGCGCGAGCGCAACCGCGUGAAGCUGGUGAACUUGGGCUUCCAGGCGCUGCGCGAGCGCGUCCCGCCCGGCGCCGCCAGCCGGAGGCUCAGCAAGGUGGAGACGCUGCGCUCGGCCGUGGCCUACAUCCGCGCGCUGCAGCUGCAGCUGGCCGAGCCCGCGCGCCCCGGCUCCCCCGCCUCCGACUACCUGUCCGACGACGGCGCGGGCCGCGGCGCGCCCAGCCCCGACGAGCGCGAGCUGCUGGACCUGUGCUGGCUCGGGGGCUACUGAGCGGCUCCGCCGCAGGUAACCGCCGGGGUGGGCGCCCGCCCAUGCGCCCGCCGCUGCUUCCCCCCAGAACUUUCCAGCCCACGCUCGGCCGGGGUCUUCGUACACCGACGGGCGCGGCCGGGCGCGCGCGCGGGAAGACGGCUGACUUUGCAUUGCAAAUCGCGCGCGGGCCGGGCUGCGGACUGGAAGGGGCGGCGCCGGGACCCCCCGCGACUCGCACUGCGCGCCCGGACCCCCGCGCCCCGCAGGCGAGAGGCCCGGCCGGACCCAGCCCGCCGCCCACCACUCUCCUGGACCGACACCGCCGGCCCGCCGAGCCAGCGCGGGGCUCCCCCGGGGACGACGCCCAGACGCUUCGGUUCCGCUCGUCGACGUGCCCGGCACCUGGGAGCUAGAGGAUGUGUUUCUGUGACUAGACUUUGGACUGGAGCCCCUUAAAGUCUGCGCCGACCACCCCUCCCCUGCC